ACUACUCAGCCAGCCACGACCACUUCCGCUCGGAACACGACAACUUCAACAACUCGCGCCGGCUCCAAUACAACGACGAAAGCCUCCACGACAUCAAGCACAAAGACCAGCAGCUCCACCACCAAAAAGACGACCACAAGCACCACCACGAAGAGCACCACAACCAACCCCAACAUCACCACAAUCGAGACCACCACCCAGAACAACACCAGCAAGAGCACCACCAGCAAGAGCACCACGACAACCACGAGCCGAAAGACCACGACCACCAAGAAGACGACGACCCACCGAACGACCACCAGCAAGAAGUCCACCACGCACGCAAGCACGACCUCAACAACCACCCGCCAUAUGCAGGCGGUUCAGCUGCCCACGGCCGCGCCUGCAGCGUCCGCUGUGCCUGUGGUGACCACCACCUCGGGACCCAGCUUCUUCUACUUGCAG